CUCCACAGCUGACUCAUGACUCCGUUCGCAGGAGGCUGAGAUCGUCCUGGCCAGCUUGUCCAUUUCGAAGGAGAGGUCCAGGGCCAUCGACUUCUCCACGCACAUUGACUACUACGUGAGGAAUCUGUACGUCGCCAUGAGUGCCACGACGCUGAACGUUGGCUGGACUACGUACGUGAUGUCCUUCCACACUUCGACGUGGGUGGGGACGGCGGCGCUGGUGCUCGUGGCCACGUGGACGCUCUGGGUCAUCCACCGCGCGGAACGACACACGCCGGAGGACCUUCGCUCGUUCCGCGAUCUUCUGUUCCUGUUCUUCUCGUGUCUCGUGCAGCAAGGUGUUCCCUCGACGCCCCACACUUACCGAGGCCGAGCUGUCUUCUGCGUCUUCUGGUUCGCCUGCGUUAUCCUGUACGCCUCCUACACCGCCGGCCUCACCUCCGCCCUCACCGUGAGCACCGAGGGCCCGCCUUUCACCUCUCUCAUGGGCGCCGUGGACGUCUACCCGAGCUGGGAGAUCGGGAUAUCGAAGGGCACCGCCAUAGAGGAGUUCGUCAAGGACGCGCAAGGGACCGAGUACCGAACGCUGAUGAAGCUCCUCUCAGCUGAUCCAGGCCUCUACGUGAGUUCGGAGGACGAAGGCAUCCACCGCAUGCUGACUUCGAAUUAUGUCUUCUUCACGGACAGUCCCAUCAUGCGAUUCAUGCUCAGGGACAACUGUUCCAUUCGCGAGAUACACGUCAACCUCUUCAAGAGCUACGGUCACCUCGGGUACAUGAAGAACUUGCCCUUCGCUUGGGUCAUCGAUGCGGAACUGUCGCUAAUGAGCGACUCGGGGGUGCUGGACCGCCUCAACAAGAAGUGGUGGGGGCGAGGCACUCCUUGCGAAGACCCGUCCCACUUCACCGAACUAGGCUUCGUUCAGACGGCCACCGCCUUCCUCAUCCUCCUAGUAGGCUUAGGGCUGGCCUCCUUCUUCCUCAUAACCGAAAAAAUAAUCGGAAGAAGAUUCAAAUCCCGGAUAAACAGGGAAACCAAGAGUUUGUACAUCCGGGGAGGUACACGAACAGCUGCUGAGAGAGCGCGUAAACAUUUCCUCGUGAUUCCUGACCCUAAGUAUGCCAAUGACUACGGCGGUCUCGUACCCACGGGGUCAUAAAAGUCUGCUUGGGGGAAGAUGUAUAUAAAAUAUAGAAACUAAGUUUUGUCUAUCGUUGCUGUUGGGUAGAGUAUACUCGUUCUAUAAAGAAUAAUUGAUAAAGUAAAUGAUAUCGGAAUCACUCUUGUCUUGCACAGUGGUUGAAACAUUUGUAAUUCUAACGUAUCAAUUGUAAAUCUAAGAAUGAUUGAUCUUAUUGUACAAUAAAAGUUUAGAUUUAUGCGAUGGCACACACUACAUAGAUCGUAAUUUUCCCUAGUACUUCCGUGGCUGUUCCAACUUUCUUCACCAGUAAUUCAUAUUGUAUGUAAACACUCUCCUAAAAUAGUACUGAACAUAAUACUACAUUUAUUAUAUCUCUUCGUAAGCUCCAACACUGAAUACUUACACAGACAGAAGCAUAUUAAUAAAUAACCUCUAUGCUGGACUAUCGGUAGUUGACAUGGCAUGUUUAUCCUCAAAUAAAUUUAGUAAUAUUUACCAUUGCUAUGACGCAAAAGGUUUCAUUUUCCUCGGAAUUUCAUUUUUAAUUUGUUCACUGAUACAAGACAUUUUUUUUUUUUCAAAUCUACACUUAUAUGUAUUAAACCUUCAGAGAGAACCUUUAUAAGUGUUUCUUGGCAGUAACAGUAAAUAGAUCUUAUUAACCUUAAGUGCGCUGGGAUGUAAAAUUCAUUAUCAGUUGUAAAAUCUACAGGAC